UGAACAAUUAGAGUGGGAAUUUUUAAGUUUUAAGCAACAACCACAGUGCGAAAGAUCCCCAGAAAGACCGCGCUGAAUCCACGAAAAGGGAUUCAGUUUCCCACCAAAAUCCGCAGAAAAUGGCAUCACGAUUGGUGCAGGUGCUGCACGCCGGAAAACUCAGCUACCGGCAGGGUCUCCGGUUGCAGACGGCCGUGGUGAACCGGGUGCGAGACCACAAUCCACACGUACUGAUACUCACCGAGCACGAGCCGGUUUACACGAUCGGAAUCCGGACGCGGGACUAUAGCGAGGAAGAGGAACACCGUCUGCUAGCGGUAGGGGCCGAUUUCGUCCGCACCAACCGGGGAGGCUUGAUAACGUUUCACGGACCGGGCCAGCUCGUGGCGUAUCCCGUCCUCAAUUUGCGCCACUUCCAACCGAGCGUCCGGUGGUACGUGUGCCACCUGGAACGGACCAUUAUCGAGCUGUGUCGUCGGUUUGGUCUGAAGGAUGCCCAAACGACACCGGAUACGGGAGUGUGGAUCGGGGAUCGCAAGAUCUGCGCCAUGGGGAUACACGUCAGCCGGUACAUUACGUCCCACGGUCUGGCACUUAACUGUGACAACGACCUCAGCUGGUUCCGGCAUAUCGUACCGUGCGGAUUGGCCGGCAAAGGUGUGACUUCGCUCGCGCAACAGCUUGCGGAAAGGUCAAUCGAUCCGCGGACGGUGGAAGGCUCUCUGACGACCGACAGUGUUACCCCGCAUUUUCUGCGAUGCUUCAGCGAUACCUUCGAGUGUGAACUUACGACGUUGGAAGAUCCGGUACAACGGCUGCUGCUGGAAGAAUCUCGACAUGAAGCGAAAGGAUGA